ACAUCCAACUGACCACGUGGCUGAAAAGAUCCCAAGGACUUAAAUUAAUUAAACUGUUUACUCACGAAGGUUUAAAAAUGUCCCACGGUGAACGCAAAGGCCGCCUGAAUGUGGUCAAAUUUUUAGAAUUGGCAUUUUCCAUUGCCUGUCUUGUGUUGCAUUUCUACAGUUUCAACGAUCGCGACAUUAUGACAUCGUUUAUGGCUACAGGCACAUUCACUGGUUACAUUAUUGUGGUUAUUGGUGUUUUUGCAGGCGUUCUAAUGCGAGCACCCAUUCAUAAGCGGAUCGAUAUUUUUUUCAGUGUUCUGGGCUGUGCCCUAUUUGUGGCCAGUGGCAUCUUUAUUAUAGAAGCAUGGGAGUUCUCGUUUCGGACGCGUACCCGUGAUCUGGCACUCAUCAAGGCCUCGUUGUCAAUUGUGAAUGGCGUUUUGUUUGGCUUCGAUGCCAUAUUCACAUUUAAGGAUAAGUGAAAUACUGAUUUACUAACUACACCCAUGCAUUUACACCUAUAUUUAUAAACAAGCUUAUGCCUACAUAUUUAUUGAUUAUUAACUUCAUUACAUUACCAUAUUCAUAGCAAAUGAUAGCAAAGAAAACGGCGCGUUUAUUUGCAUAGUCUCACUAGCAUCAUUUUUUUUUUUUUUUUUUUUGUCUUUUUCCAUAAAUUAUAUGUAAACAUUUAG